AGCUUCUGCGGUCAGGAGCGCAUGCUGCUCUUCUAGAGGACCUGGCUUGCUUUUGUUUUUGUGUUUUUAAACAUAAUACCAUGGUGCAUUCUCUUUCAACGUCAUCAUAUCAUUUAUCAAGCCAGACGAAAUGAGAGGCAAGGUUAAUGACCAGUCUCCACCAUCAGCUGGGAGCCUAGAGAAGGCCACCAUGGCCUGGGGACCAGCAUGCUUGUCCCACAGAAUCCACAAGGAGAAGAAGACAGCAAGCCAGGAAGAAACUGCAGUGAAUUUGAAGAUGCACAGGACCCACAGACUGCUGUGCCCUCACCUUUACUUCCCAUGGCUUCUUGCAGCUCUCAGGAGGGGUCAUCUCCAUGCCAUCUGUUGACAGUGAGGAUCAUUGGCAUGAAAAACGUCCGGCAGGCUGAUAUACUGAGUCAGACAGACUGCUUUGUGACCCUCUGGCUGCCUACUGCCUCUCAGAAGAAGCUGAAGACCAGAACCAUCUCCAACUGCCUACACCCAGAGUGGGACGAAAGCUUCACCUUUCAGAUCCAGACGCAAGUAAAGAAUGUGCUAGAGCUGAGCAUCUGUGACGAAGACACCCUGACACAAAAUGACCAUCUCUUGACAGUCCUCUAUGACCUCUCCAAGCUCUGCCUCCGGAAUAAAACCCAUGUGAAGUUCCCACUCAACCCAGAGGGCAUGGAAGAACUGGAGGUGGAGUUCCUACUCGAAGAGAAUUUCUCCUCAUCAGAGACCCUCAUCACCAACGGCGUGCUGGUGUCUCGCCAAGUCUCUUGCCUGGAGGUUCAUGCAGAAUCCAGGAGGCCGAGGAAGAGGAAGAAAAACAAAGACCUUCUGGUGAUGGUGACAGACUCCUUCGAGAAUACCCAGCGUGUCCCGCCUUGCCAGGAGCCCUGCUACUCCAAUUCUGCCUGCUUCCACUACCCCAAGUACUCCCAGCCACAGCUUUACGCAGAGGCGCCUAAGAGCCACUGUAACUUUAGGCUUUGCUGCUGCGGAACACACAGGAAUGACCCUGUCUGCCAGCCCCUCAGUUGCCUUUCUGAUGGCCAGGCGACGACCCUGCCUGUGGGAGAGAACUAUGAGCUACACAUGAAGUCCUCACCCUGCUCUGACACACUGGAUGUGCGGCUUGGAUUCAGCCUGUGCCAGGAAGAGGUGGAGUUUGUGCAGAAGCGGAAGGUGGUGGUGGCCAAGACACUAAGUCAGGUGCUGCAGCUGGAGGAAGGCCUGCAUGAGGAUGAGGUACCAAUAAUAGCCAUCAUGGCCACAGGAGGUGGCACAAGGUCUAUGGUCUCCUUGUAUGGCCAUCUGCUGGGGUUGCAGAAGCUGAACUUUCUGGACAUUUCUACUUACAUCACCGGCUUGUCAGGUGCAACCUGGACGAUGGCUACCUUGUACAGUGAUCCUGAGUGGUCCUCCAAAAACCUGGAGACUGUUGUCUUUGAGGCCCGGAGACAUGUUGUCAAAGACAAGAUGCCUGCCCUGUUCCCAGAUCAGCUCUACAAAUGGCGAGAGGACCUCCAAAGGCACGGCCAGGAGGGCUAUAAGACCACGUUUACAGACUUUUGGGGCAAGCUGAUCGAGUACAGUCUGGGAGAUAAAAAAAACGAAUGCAAGCUGUCAGAUCAGCGAGCUGCUCUGUGCCGGGGACAGAACCCUCUGCCCAUCUACCUCACCAUCAAUGUCAAGGAUGAUGUAAGCAACCAGGACUUCAGAGAAUGGUUCGAGUUCUCCCCCUACGAGGUGGGCAUGCAGAAGUACGGAGCCUUCAUCCCCAGCGAGUUAUUUGGCUCCGAGUUCUUCAUGGGGCGGCUGAUGAAGAGGAUUCCUGAGCCGGAGAUGUGCUACAUGCUAGGGUUGUGGAGUAGCAUAUUUUCCCUGAACCUGCUUGAUGCCUGGAAUUUGUCUCACACCUCAGAGGAGUUUUUCUAUAGGUGGACAAGGGAGAGACUGCAUGACAUCGAAGAUGAUCCCAUCCUGCCUGAAAUCCCUAGAUGUGAUGAUAACCCCCUAGAGACCACAGUAGUGAUCCCAACAUCAUGGCUGUCCAACACCUUCCGAGAAAUCCUCACACGCAGGCCCUUCGUGUCUGAGUUCCACAACUUCCUGUACGGGAUGCAGCUGCAUACUGACUACUUACAGAACAGUCAGUUCUCUAUGUGGAAAGACACAGUACUGGACACCUUCCCAAACCAGCUGACACAGUUUGCAAAACACCUGAACCUACUGGACACUGCGUUCUUUGUCAACUCCAGCUACGCACCCCUCCUUAGGCCAGAGAGAAAAGUCGACCUUAUCAUCCACCUCAAUUACUGCGCAGGAUCCCAGACAAAGCCCCUGAAACAAACCUGUGAGUACUGCACGGAGCAGAAGAUCCCCUUCCCCAGCUUCUCCAUCCUGGAAGAUGACAACAGCCUCAAGGAGUGCUACGUGAUGGAGAAUCCCCAGGAGCCCGAUGCCCCCAUCGUGGCUUACUUCCCACUCAUCAGUGACACCUUCCAGAAGUACAAGGCUCCAGGUGUAGAGCGAAGUCCUGAGGAGCUGGAACUGGGCCAGCUGAACAUCUAUGGACCAAAGUCUCCCUAUGCCACCAAGGAGCUGACGUACACAGAGGCCGCCUUCGACAAGCUGGUGAAGCUCUCAGAGUAUAAUAUCCUCAAUAACAGAGACAAGCUCAUUCAGGCCGUGAGACUAGCGGUGGAGAAGAAACGCAUGAGGAGCCAGUGUCCCUCCUAGGCCUGGGGGAGUCCUAUCCAUCUUGUGUCUGCUUCUAUUGUCAGAAGCAUCGCCUCCAAAGCAGACCUCACACACAGCUGGCCCUGAUCUCUGGCUAGGGUUGCAACAGCCCGGCUUGGGCUUUCUAGUAAAAUGUUACAAAUGUACAAAGGUGAGAGAGAAAAGAAGAGUCUAUUGGGUUUUUUACCCCUAGGGCUUCUCUCCACUUUCUGGCAAGGAAGAUACCAGGGUCACAGACUCCCACACAGUCUCAAGUAUAGAAUGUGAAUAUGUGGGCACAGAGUGUGGCUAGUUCCCAAGAGCCCUCACCCUUAGAGCUGGAGGCAAAAGUUCCCUAAGCCUCCCCUCCCCUCUUUUUCUUCCUUCCAUGGCCAGUCUAGAGAAAUGUCCAGGAAGACCAAGAACUGCUUUACAGUUCGCUAGAAAAUGCUUUGUAAAUUUAAGGUAAUUGCAUCUAUGGAAUUCUUGUUGUCAAUAGUAUUUUGUGAUUGAUUUUUAUUUUUUACUACGAUGAAGAGAAUAUUAGUAGAAAGCCUGGUCUCUGUCGCUGCAAAGCCAAACAGGUGACCAAACCUGUGUCACUGGUGCCUCUUCAGCUACCAGAUCCCUGGGCUGGUGUGCAUGUGAGCCUGACCAGGACCAGGUCUGAGCCCUCAGCUCCAAUGAAACCAGGCACUGUUCACAGUGCAGCAGAAGCUCACAGAGUGAGGAUCCAGGGAAGCCUUGGCAGGCUGUGGGCAAGCAGCACCGGGUGCAUGACGCUGUCUGGCGCCAUUAACGUCCUCUGGCAUCUCUCUGGCUUGCAGAUGGGGUUAUUUAUUUAUAAGUAUGAUUCUUCUUAUUUAUCACAGAAACACUAUGGCCGAUUUAUCUACGUUCUUAUACAGUGACUCAGAGAAUAAAGUUAGGAAAGAUGACCUCAGAAUGGUGAGUUAGGACUCUGACAAAGACCUCAGCUUUGGAGGAGAAUCCUGGGAAGCCCUGGACACCCGGACACCCAGCCUCCAGACUUCACUAAAGGAUAGAAGGGGGUCCCUGCAGUGAGCAGGUGAAAGCCAAAGGGCAGCUAGGUAUGUGGCCUUUGGGGAGCCCAACGUGCCUGGAGGACAAGGCCCUCUUUCUGAGCCACAUGAUCCCUCCAAAGUCCUGGUUGUUGAGAGAUGAAUGACACCCAACGGUUUUGUUUAUAUGUUUCAAAUGGACUCCUGUUUCCAUCAUUGCUAUUUAAAGUGGAUUCGAUUGGGCCUGGCUAUAAGCCCAGACCCAGCCACACUGACAGGAACCCAUACUAUGAAGACACACCAGUGCCUCUGCUCCAGCCUUACCUGUCAGUGAGGGGGGUUGACUCCCGUGUGAGUACCAUUGGGGAAGGAUGGAUUUAUCACACUCUCCUACCAGCCUGGGGAGCAUGAGUCCGCAGACUCCGCUGAACCACUGAUAAGCUGGGCUUCUGAUCCUGGAAAACUGGUCCCUACCCAGGUGUUGUUGAUGUGAGUUGGAUGUUCAUCACCUCCUCUAGCCUUCUACUGGAGUAGCUGGCUGGCAUUGCUUUUGCUUCCCCAAUGCAGAGAACAGGCUCUGAAUUGUCAAAGAGAGCCAAGAUAGAACCUUGCAUUUUGCAAGGUUUGACUCACCAUCGCAUAUAAAGUUUAUAAGAGCA